AUGGCCGGCGACGACCUGGACGAGAGGAAAUCGUCCUCGCUCGACGACUUGUCCGACAUCGACAGCAUCAACGACGACAGCGAUGAUGACGGCGACGGCACCGGCGAUAAAAUGCCUCAGGAGCCGGUGGAAUGGUUAGCCACAUCCCGCUCGAAGCGGUCUACCGCCGGGAACCGGAUGAAAUCGAUGCUGGCGAACGAAGAACCAGCCGCCGACGACUCCGACCUCGAACUGCUCUUCGCCGAAGAUGAAGAUGACGCCGGGUUCAGCGACCAAGCGGCGGACGACGCGUCGGACGUGCACAUGGACUCCUCGUCAGACGAAGAAGACAAGCAGGACAACGCAGACGAGAUGGAAGGCGAGAAAGAGCUGGAGCGCCAGGCCCGCGAGAAACGAACCGCCGACCGCAAGCGCAAGGCGCAGGAGGCGAUCCCGGCCAAGUUCCGCAAAAAGCUCAGCAAGGAACAGCUGCACCAGAAGAUGGUGUCGGAUGAGAUCCGGCGCAAGAAGCUGGUCGAGCGGAUGGAGAAGAAGGCUAAGCAGCUCGAGGCGCUGAAGAAACCGCCCAAGACGCAGGCCGAGCGUCUGGCUGAGGCGGCUAUUAUUGAGAAGCGCAACUCCAAGAGCUUGAACCGGUGGGAGGAGGCUGAGAAACAGAGGGAGGAGGAGCGGUUGAGGAAGAUUGCGGCGCUGAAUAACCGCAAACUGGACGGGCCGUUGCAGGAGGGCCAGGACAAGCAUGUUGGGAAUUUGGUCUCGAUGGAGGAGCGGCCGAAGAAGAAGCGGCAGUCUGCUGCGGCAGCUCUCGCGGCGAAGGAAGCCGAGGCUGCGACGCCAACUACGCCGGUGGAUAAUCUGGAGGGCAAGCUGGGGAAGCCGGACGACAAGGCGGGGGAGAAUACCCCGCCCGCAGGUCCCGAAACACCGACUGUCAAGACCGAGCAGCCGGACACGCCGAAUCUCCCGAAUCCGCCUGUCACGCCUUCGCAACCGUCUGCUGAGACAGCGGAGACGUUGACGACAGCCACAGCGCCAACAGCACCAGAGCCAGCAGCACCAGGGCCAACAACGGUGCAAACGCCAGCGUCAGCGCCUGCACCUGUACCCAUACCAGGAGCUGUGUCAGCUCAAGAACCCGUUUCAACGCCAGCAACUGCGCCUGUAUCAGCAUCUGUAUCGACACCGCAACCUGUAUCAACUCCACAACUUGUAUCAACAUCAGCUCCCACUUCGACGCCUGCUCCUGUUCCAACACCUGCUCAUCCUCCGGUAUUUGUUCUGAAUCCGGAAUCCGCUCCAAUCUCUACUCCAACCCCAGCUUCAAAUUCUGCUCCAAACCCGGCUUCAAUCUCCGCUCCAGCACCUGUAUCAACAUCAGCAUCAACAUCAACAUCAACGGCAACGCCAACCGCAAUGCCCCCACCGCCACCACCGUUACCUGAGACCAGACCGAGCAGCUCAGCCGUACUUGCAGCCCCUAUUCUCGCCCCGCCCGCCGGCAUAUCGCACUCUUCCGGGGGACAGAUGCCCAUGCUAGGUUUCCCAGCUGGGCCCAAACCCUUCCUGGCCGCUCCAAAUACCUCGCAUCGGCCAUCUCCUCUUGCUAACCCCCCAUCCACACCAACGGCCCCUAUACCCCAGCAAAUCGGCGCACUGCCCAUCUCUACCCCGAAACCCAAGGUUACCAUCCCACAGACACCACUACCCUUCACGCCCGCGACACCGUUACAAACGCCCCAAACGGCAUCACAACUGGCGUCUGCAAGACCCCCUACCGAAACGCCACAAGAACCCCCCACGGCAACCACCUCAGACCCCCCACGCGAAGGCAAAGUCACCAAGAGCUGCAUCAUUCUCCAAAACUUCAACGACCACGCCAUCCGAGACAAACAAGUCCAAAACCAGAUCCUCUUCGGCCGGAAAAUGAACAAACUAGCCAAACCCGCCCACCCCCCCCUCUGCGUAAUCACCAACCACCCAGCCAAGUACCGCGACCCAAAAACCGGUCUGCCCUACUACAACGCCUAUGCCUACCGUGAGAUCCAACGUGUUUACCGCGGCGACUACAAGUGGAGUCGGCUGGUGGGCGCGUGGGUUGGGAGAGGGGAUUAUGCGGCGCAGGGGGUGCCGGAGUGGUUUUUACAUCCUGAAAAGGCGAGGCCUGUGCCUAGGAAGGGGGGAGAGAACACUAUGGAGAAUGGGGAUGGGGAAAAGGAGGAUGGGGAGAAGGAAGAUGGGGAGAAGGAGGAUGGGGAGAAGGAGGAGAAUGGGAAUGGGAAUGCCGGGAAGGAUGGAGAUGGGGAGAAAGGGGAAUGCUACGAGGACACCAGAGGUUUAUAA